AUGUCUUCAAAUCAAAACAGAACAUUCAAUUCUUUUACCCCAACAAUCAAUAACAGCGGAUUACUUGAAGCAAGUCUUUCAAGAAAUGCUAAUCAAAGAAGAAGAAGAAAACAACGGAGCGCUAAUAGAAUAUACGAACGACGUAUUCAGCUUGUCGCACACAUUGAUAAUGAGGAGACGUUAAGUCGAAUCAUAAAUCUUCCAAUGCAAAUUACAACUUCGCGGGAAGAUUUACUCAGUGAAGCCUCAAUUUCUUACGAGCAUAAAAAAAUCAAGAAUAACGCAACUUCAAAUCGUUUUACUCUCACAAAUGACGGUGGUUUUGAAUCAAUUCAUUCAAGAAAUAAUAGACCAACAAGCCCACAGGGACAACGAAUAAUAAGUAGCAUACGAAGUCAGGUUAACAACCAAGACACAAUGUUUCGAAUCGCAUCCCUUCCUCGACAAGUUGCAGACGAUCCACUCAUAAAUCAAUUUUUUAAUGGAUAUCUUUUCUAA